AUGGCGGCGAACAAGGAAAUUGGAAUCCUUCUCCUCCUCGUUUCCUCGAUGCUUUUCCUUUGCCUUUUCGGAAACAACGAGGACAAUUUCGUCGGUAAAAACAGCAACGAUAUUAAAACUGUCUUUUCGUUCAUUCACGCGUCAAUCGUCGCCGUCCCGGUGACCAUUUUUUACGCGUACUGGAAUUGGAUUUCGGUGCAGUUUUUGAGACACUCUUGA